AUGAACAACAAGAACACCAGAAAUAACGGCAAUAAUGUUAAGAUCGUGAACCCCAAUAACAUUAAUGGUGACAAGGUCAAGAACUCUAGUGGUGCCAAGUUUGUGACCUUCAAGAACUCCAAUGGUCCCAAGAUCAAGAACUCUAGUGGUGCCAAGAGGGUGUUAACUAUUAGUGUGGAGGUUACAGAAAUAAAAAAAAACAACGAAGAUUACAUCGACGGAACGAACGAUCAAGUAAAUAACAACAAAGAAGAUAACGACAACGACGAUGAGGAAGACGACGAAGAAGAUAACAACGACGAAAAAGAUAACGACGACGAAGAAGAUAACGACGACGAAGAAGACAACGACAACGAAGAAGAUAACAACGACGAAAAAGAUAACGACGACGAUGAGGACGACAACAAAGAAGAUAACGACAACGACGAUGAGGAAGACGACGAAGAAGAUAACAACGACGAAAAAGAUAACGACGACGAAGAAGAUAACGACGACGAAGAAGACAACGACAACGAAGAAGAUAACAACGACGAAAAAGAUAACGACGACGAAGAAGAUAACAACGACGAAAAAGAUAACAACAACGAAGAAAAUAACGACAACGAAGAAGAUAACGACAACGAAGAAGAUAACGACAACGAAGAAGAUAACGACGACGAAAAAGAUAACGACGACGAAAAAGAUAACGACGACGAAGAAGAUAACGACAACGAUGAGGACGACAACAAUGGCCCUAAGGUAGUGACAACAUUUCAUCGUCGUCUUCGAAAUCAACCCGACAAGAGAUACAACAGAAGAUAA